CUCUUUCUCUAGUUUUUAUUUUCUUGUGUUCCAGAAAAUAAAAAUCGUAAACAUCUCUUUCUUUGAACUGAUUCGUACAUAUUUUCAGCAUCAUCAUCAUUUUUUUCGUAGCUUUGUUUUUGUUUUUGUUUCUAUGUUUUGUUGAAUCCUGCCUGUUAUUGUGGAAGUGUGUGUGCGUGUAGGCAAGCUAAAUUUUAGUUUAUUAAACACACACACACACGAAUACAUUCUUAAGUACAAACAUCAUCAUGAGAAACACUUGUUGAAUCUGAUCUUGUUUUUUCUUGUUGAAUUUAUUUUUUGAGCUCUUUGAUCUGCAAAUACAAGACUACGACGACGACAAAAACAAAAUGAUGAAAUACAUUUAAUGUCACAUCCAAUUCCAUUCAUUUGGCUUUUGAUUUUUCGAUCAUUCGAUUGAUUGUAUAUCUUGUAAAAAAUUCAUUCCAUAGACGAAAUGAUGGCCUUAUGAUAAUGUUAAUAACAAUGAUGAUGAGGAUGAUUACCAUCAUAUACUUUGUAAAUCUUCUCAUCGAAAAAGAAAAAAUUUUUUAUUCCGAAUAAGUCAUCCUGAUCAUCAUCAUCAUCAUAUGACAUCAAAUUGUGUGUAUGUUUCGUGUCUAAAAUAAUGUGUGCAUUAUCUAUGGACAAUCAUCAUCAUCAUCAUAGCAGUGAUUGAAUUCAACCCAUUCAAUUGAUGAUAUUGUCGUCAUAUUGUGACGGCUGGGAAAUUUUUCAGUUUUGUUUUGCCAUUCCAAGCAUCUGUUUAUUAAUUUUUUUCUUCAAUUCAUCGUGCCUUUAAAUUUGGUUGUUGUUUUUUAUCGGCACGAAAUAAAAUCUUGCAUCUGGUUUGACAUCCUUCAUCUGUCUCUCUCUUUCUCUCUCAUUGUGUGUGUAUGGUGUACCUGUUUUUUAUGUUUAUUGGCGUCCAUAUUUAGAAUCAUCAUCAGCAUCAUUAUCCUUUUCAGGAGAAUCAACAUAAAUCACCGAAACAACAACAAUAGACAAUAAUGGCUAAAUCGGUUAAUGGUGGUGGUGAUGAUACUGAUAAUGAAACAACACCCAUUUGUCGUUGUCGUGUACUAUAUCUUGGUUCUGCUGUACCACAUAUUACUAAAGAUGGAUUACAAGGAAUCCAGGAACCUUUGAGAGAUCUUUAUCCUGAACAAGGUGUAUUUUGGAAUACAGAUCGUGAUCAUAUUGCCACUGGUAUUGAUUCAUGGCUUUCAGUUUGGUCAAAUGGUAUAUUAGUGGAAAAUGUUGAUGAUAAAGGCAAUACGAUACGACGUUUUCAUCCAAUUGAAUCAUUGCAUUAUUGUGCUGCUGUACGUUAUGUAUCAGUACCAGCGAAUGAUACAACAUCAACAAAAAAUGGUUCAUCACAUGAUUCGAAUAAAAUAGCCAAAUUUUUGCCAUUAGAUAGUCCAUUUUCAAAAAAUUCUGCAAUCGAUCCAAUGAAAAUGGGACAUCCGCCAUUAUUCGCUUGUAUUUUGAGACGUACAUCCGGUAUUAAAGUACUGGAAUGUCAUGCAUUUAUAUGUAAAAAAGAAGCAGCAGCUAAUGCAUUAGUACGUUGUUGUUUCCAUGCUUAUGCUGAUACAAUGCAUGCUAAACAGAUUGAAUUGGAAAGUCCAUAUGAACAAUUGGAUAGACGACGCUCAAGAUCAAUCGGAUCAGCAUUAGAUUCACAAUCAUUGAUUGAUGAUAAAAUUAAUACGUGGCAAAAAAAUUCUGCUGGAUCAUCAACAGGUUCGCCCGAUGAAACAAAUGGUUUUGGUGAAACAAGAUCCAUAUCACGACAAAAACAACAACAACGUACACCAUCGGUAGCUUCGUUAGUUAGUCAUUCGAUGGCUGCCGAACAUCAUCAUCAUCAUCAUCAUCCACAAUUACCACCACCACCACUACCACCUCAUCUUCAUCAUGGUCUACCAAUGAUGGGUCUUCCAGAGCCAAUCUACGGUAUACCACCGACCGGAACAUUACGUAGCGUUCGUUCAUUCAUUUCAUUAGCUGCAUUAAAAAGUCAUAAAAAAUCGCGUUCACGACAAAUACCGUUACCAUUUGCUCAUGGCCUACCACCACCACCUCUACCGCCACAACCACAACCUGUGAUGUUUGCAACAUUAUCAAAAAAAGAAUUGAAAAAAGUACUAAAGAAAGAAAGUACACUUAAACGUAAACAUAAAUAUAAGGAUUUCCCACUUCCAUUCGUUACGGCUAACGGUUAUCCGGCACCACCACCACCACCUCCACAAUUUAUCUAUGGUCCCCCACCACCACUUCCACCACAUGGUAUUCAUCCUGGUCCAAUGCCAAUCUAUGCUCCACCUAUGGGACCAUCAUAUUACGGAACAAUCGAUAGUCGUAAAAGUCGAAUACCAUCACUACCUCCCCCACCACCACCACCACCAACAUCUAAUAUGAUAAAUGAAAAUGGACAUAUGUUGCCCCCACCACCACCUCCACCCCCAUCAAGUCAUUUUGAUGAACCAAUCUAUAUGCCUGCUGUACCAUCACCAAAUGGAACACUUCGACCUGUAACACCACAUGGAGAACCAAUUUAUUUUGAAGGACGUACUGUUAAUGGGUUACCGCCAAUGCCUAUGCCAAUUCAUCAUCACCCAGGACCACCAGGACCAAUGUUUAUGGGUCCAACACAUCCACAAAUGGUUCCAUGUACCUUGAUUCCAACAUUGAGUCGUAAAGAAUUGAAAGAAUUGGAAAAACAAAAAGCAUUGAUGAAAAAAGCAGCAAAAAAAGAGAAAAAGAAUGCUAAAAAGAAUAAAAACCAACAACCACCACAUCCACAACAGCAACAGAUCAUGACGAAUGGUAAUGGUCAGCUUUAUAUUGAAGAACCACCACCCGGUGAUUAUUAUCAACCUCGACCAUAUGGAUAUCCACCUGAAGAAAUCGGUGAUCCUGAUGAAUCAAUCAUAUCACCAUCGGAAAUGCAAUUAUCAUCCGGAAAUUAUAGUAAUGCAUCUACCGGAGGUGGUGGUGGUGGCGGCGGAAUAUACAAAAAGAAAGGUCACCUUAAUGAAAGAGCAUUUUCUUAUUCAAUACGACAAGAACAUCGUUCACGAUCAAAUAGUCUUUCGAAUCUGGCAUUUGAAAAUGGACCAAAUAAUGGCAGUGGACGAAAUGGUGAGAAUGAAUCACAUAAUAAUAGUUCAGUUAGUCUAAAAAGUCAAACGGAUGCUAUGGCUGCUGGUCAACCAGUUCCAAAUGGUCCAAAAAUGAUGAAUGGUAAUGGAUCAAUACCGUAUGAACAACAUCAACAUACAAAUGGUAAUGGAAGAAUUCCAUUGAAUAAUGGCCAUAGUCAUCAUAAUGGUGGUCCAAUGAUGAUGAUGGAUGCAAAUGGUCCAAUCGAUCCGAAUACAUUAGCAACACGUAUGUCAAAUUUAAGCCUAAAAAAUGGUUAUGGACCAAAUAAUCCACCACCACCACCGCCACCCCUACCAACAAAUGGUUAUCAUUAUCAACAACGAACAGCUACAAUUAAACGUCUAUGAAAAAUAAACGAAAAAUUUUUUUUAUAAUUGAAAAACCAGAAAUUUUGUGAUUAAUUCGACAAUAUAAUUGUUCCUAUUUAUUAUUCAAAUUUUAUUUAAUAAAUUUUAACCCACUCGUUUUUUUACACAAAAAAGCCGAAAUGUUUC